CAGCAGUGUGUGUAUGGAAGUGCCAUACAUCCUCAUUAGAAGAAGAAAGAAAAACAAAGAGAAGUGGUCAUGUCAUCUGCCAUUGCCAUUGGAUUAUCGCUGAAUUGGUGGUUGCGCUGUCACGCGCGAAUGCCUCCUUCAUCUUUUGCAAUUUCUGCGUCUUUUUCUUCUUCCUCUUUGAACUCUUCCAAGUUCAAGUAUAUUCAGAGAGCAUCCUCUGAAGGGCUUCCUAAUGAGUUGGUUGAAGAGUCGAAAUUUGUUCCUUUGAAUGCAGAGGAUCCUGUAUAUGGUCCACCUGCAUUAUUGUUGUUGGGCUUUGAAGCAAAUGAAGCUUUGAAGAUUCAACAGCUUUUGAAAGAGUUAGAUGGUGAAUUCCUCAAGAUCCUCUAUUGUACUGAAGAUAUGAUUACCCGUUCGCUUUGGGAGGCAAUGCAUACAACACAACACAGUUUAGAAGAGGUCAAGAUAGCCAAGUCUCUUCCUCGGAUAUGUUUCUUGUCUGGUCUAAGCGGAGAAGAGAUGAUGAUGUUCAUAGAUGCUUUCCCCGAAACUGGACUAAAACCAGCUGCAUUUGCGGCUCUUGUUCCCAACAGUGCUAAUAAACCACUGCAGGAGUUGAUAGAAGAAAUAAUGGGAGACCAUGAGAAGUUGACUGGAGAGCAGUUAUGAAGAUUUAAAUUCACACUGAAUCCAGGGGAGCGAUUGAAAAGACGAUCUAAUUUGAUUGAAGCUAAUAUUUUUUACAGUAUCAUGACAUGAAACUAGGCACUAUAUUACGAUAUAUAAUUCUCAAUCUACUUAGGAUUUUAAGUAUAUGAAAGCCACCAUAAACCAUUGUUAGAAGCCAACUGAUUGAUAAGUUAGCAACUAUUAAUCGGUUAUCCUUUUGUUAA